UGCUCUCUAGCAAACACUGCACGCCCAGCUGCCGGAGGAGGACGAUCUCUCCGGAAGACACUCUUAAGGUUCCUACUUUCUUAUGAAAGACUUUAAACAUACCUUGUUGAUUCAUGGUGUUGGCUCUACACGUACUUUGUUUUAAGAUGUGGUUGGGAAUUUUGAUUGGCCUGGGCAUCAUCACAAAGGCACACGGGUACUCAAGUGGUUAUUUCCCAGAGGUAUGUCAGUCAAUGUCACCCAGCCAUAGUCCUUUUUCUGAUCAGGAGGAUAAGCUGCCCUUUGAGGUCACUUACGAGCUAGGCAAAAGUGGCGAGCCCAUUACAGUAAUUCUCCAGAGCAAGUCAACUACCCAGUUUGAGGGGUUUAUGUUGGAGGCUCGAGUGACAGGAAUGGUAGAGGAAAGCCCUCCUGUAGGAACGUUUAUCCUGCUUGAUCCAGGUGCGACUCGACUCCUGACGUGCGGUGAUCAAGCAGGCUCAGCUGUGAGUCAAAGAUUUAAUCAUCAAAAGUCUGUGAUUAAAGUUAACUGGACCGCACCAGCAGAAGAGCUAAACAUCACUUUCAGCACCACUGCCAACUACUGCAGCAAGUACUACAAAGCCAACUACUGCAACAAGUAUUAUACAGCCAACUACUGCAAGUGCUACAAAGCCAACUACUGCAACAAGUGCUACAAUGCCAACUACUGCAACAAGUAUUAUACAGUCAACUACUGCAAGUACUACAAAGCCAACUACUGCAACAAGUAUUAUACAGCCAACUACUGCAAGUGCUACAAAGCCAACUACUGCAACAAGUGCUACAAAGCCAACUACUGCAACAAGUGCUACAAAGCCAACUACUGCAACAAGUACUACAAAGCCAACUACUGCAGCAAGUGUUAUAAAACAAACUACAAAGCUCCAGCGAGCAGGUUCUGCGCUGAUGGCUUUCGACAUUCUUCUUGUGGGACUGAAAAUGGCACAAGCUCACAUAGUGACGACCUCCCUUACCAACAGCUUUCGGUCUCGUCGUCUCAUUAUGGUGUCAAAAAUACUGUGCAGUUUGCUUUGUGCUGCAGUUGAAAUAUCGUCCCUGAUGUUGUUUGCUUUGGCACAACCCUUCAACGUCACACUUGUCGCUCUUGUUUGUGUGGUGCUACUGGUUAAUUUCAUAGAGGUGGUGACCGACUCCAUGUCAGUUGGACUCAGUCACAAGCUAAAGGUGGUCUGCAACGUUGUUGUCAAAGUGUGUUCUGUUAUCCACCUGAUUUUUUCAACCGCAAACGUCUUCAUUGGUGUUCUGGAAAUUGUCGACUGCAGAGAGACAAAAAAUCAGAGAACAGAGUCUUGGCUUCUGAAAGUGAUGAUCGCUUACACAGUGUGGAUUUCACUGUUUGUGAUUUGGCUCGUCGUAUUCAGCGUUCAUAGCCAUGCAGUGAUGGGGAGAAACAAAACAGGGAGCUCAAGACAGAAUGAGAGAUGGGAUCAACAGAGAGAAAAGAGGACGCUCAGUGCAGCAGCAAACAUUGCCACCGCCGUCUCAGUCAUCCUCAUCGUUGGAACCAUGUCUUUCACCGCAGCUGUCAUUGGUGGGAUAUUCUCAGGAAAAUAGUCUUGUGCAUGAUGUCAAGUAAAUUGUAUUUAUAGAGCUUAGUAUCACAAAUUGCAUUUUUUCCUCAAGGGGCUUUAAGGACGAAGUUCUGCUGAUACUUUGUUUGCAUAUGAUGCAAAGCUAAUAUUCACAGAUUUUAAGGAAUUAACGUCUAUGCUGUUACAUGUUUUAUUUUUAAGUUACUGAAUCCAAAUAGGAGCUUUUGUAAAUGUAAAUAAAAUUGACAGUGUGUAGUUGUGUUUCCCUGAUUGGUGCCUCAUGAGAUGUAAAUAAUGCGAUUUCAAUUUUAAAACAGGAGUAAUAAUGUUGCCAAAUCUGGAAAUGCUGAUAUUUCUAAUUUAUUACAUCAUACCAGUCAGACUAAACAGACUGGAUAAUGUCCCAGUGUUUAAAGGGCAAUGUGUAGUUUUAGUGAAGAAAUUCAAACUCAGUGUUUUAAUAUUUAUAACAUUAAUAUUUUUUUCUCCCAUAACUGAAUAGAGAGGGAAUCAAGGUCCAGAACACUGUUAGAGUCUGGAAAGGUGGCAGGGUCCGCCACAUAUAAACAGUAAACAGUAACUAAAAUAGUAUGAAAUUGUGUUGUCCUUUAAGGUCAGUUUGUUUAUUCAGUCACAAAAAUGUAAAGAGCAUGAAAGAACAGUCAAUAAAGAUCCUGUUUCUUCUGGUUUACAUUUCUUCCCCA